AUGGUGCAAGACUCAGUUGUGAAAUCAGUGAUAACAGCUACGUCUACAAAGACAAUCUAUGAUCUGAAGUAUACAAAGUUAGUGAAAGCAUUUCAAGCACUGAUGCUUGGAAAAGGUAUAAAUCUCACAUAGAAAUUUUACUUAGGAAGUGACAGCUACCCCAAUUUUGUUGUUCUCUUUCGAUAAAUAUCGCCUUUUCAUUAUGAUGGGCUUUAUGUUGCCCUUCCACAAACACAAGAACAGGCUUCUGCAUAUUGCUGUUUAUAGCGAUGAAUUGAAUUUUCUCCCUAAAACGUGAACGACGAAAUUAUAAACGUACAGAAAAGUAUCAUCCUCCAAACAGCUUAUCUCGCACUUUCCAACGGUAAAAUAUGUUAUGUACAUCUAAUUUGUUUUACGCUAACUUUUUAUUUUGCUAAUUCGCCGAUGCAAUAAAACUAGUUCUUUUUAGAAGCUUGUGUUAAAACGUGUAGGUUCAAGAAGGAUGCUUUUAGUUAUGACAAUCUAUUAUCAAAUGAUCGGUUUCUCGUCAAGGGUAAAAUUAGUAAACAGUGAUCUGAUUUCAGUGAGCUCGAAUGUACUUUGAGCCAGCUAAAGGUUUGAGUUAUCGAUUAUUCACGGUAUUGUUACAGUUGUUAGGGGCAGGAGAAAUUGAUUUUGGUUUGACUAAGCGUCGACGUCUCGGGUUGUUGGAAGAUAUGAAUUAUUCUUACGUUCUUCUGACGCCAUAAGAGCUCAAGUUUGCAGCACAUUUGAUAACAAUAGCCUUUUGCAUUUUUCUAUCUGUAUCAAAGAAUAAAACCGUUAUUCUACGAUUGACAAAGUAGAAGAAGCUUUAGUUUUCACAUUACUUAUGUUAUUUAUUUAACUGGAUAAUUUAGAAAUGUGCUUACUUGCAUUUUUUUGUACACGUAACUACAAAGGCGGGAGAGGCAUAUGAUAAUCACCUUUAGAAGUCGCCAGGAAUUUGCCGGACUUUCCCCAUCCUGAAGGCUGCUAUUGGUCACAUUCUUCGAUUUAACGAUGUAAUACUACCAAAAAUACAGAGUUUAUUUCGUGGCCAAGUUUGAUUGGCCUACCUUUGCACAAUGAAUUAGCAGAGUAUAAAAUGCAGUUAACUUGGUGGUGUUCUCGUGUUCUUCAAACUACGUAAUUGUGGAACACUCCCCAAGUCCUGCAGUGCAAAGUUUUAGAAAAUUCAUCUUGUGCGAGCCUAACGAACCUGCGUUGAGACACAAAUACGAAAUACUCAAAUAUGGUAACCAACCCAUGGAGUUGUCAAUGUUUACCGAAAGCCUGGGCGACCUGGAGGUACGGGCGCAUUAGAAGGAUUACUUAUGCAAUGCGCAUGGAGACCAGUACUAAAAGAAAAGUUUUCUCUUUACAGAAUAUUAUGUUGAUAACGGUUUUCUGACUGAGAAGCCCGUCCAUCGACAUCACUUAGAAAAGAUACGAGUGCUGGCUUCCCAUGGAAGUGUUAUCACCAUAAAGAGAGAUGCUCAAGUCCGUGAUCUACACAACAAGUACACCGUUGAACCAAUGAGUUUAGCGGUGGACCAGUCUGAAGUAUGGGUAGAUGAAUGGUAAGUAGGAAAAUCAAUCCUUUGUCAUGCUAGCCCUCUCAGUAAGGAGUCGUUUAAACAGACGCGAAAGUAGACUGGUAGAUUUUGAACUAGUGAAAAUAGAACGAAAGGAGCUACAUGUAAGAAGUGUGAACCGCUUUCAUUCAUCAACUAGUCACACAUAAGGAUGUCAUCCGAAACCUCCUUAGUUACAAUCACCUUGCAAAAAGAGUGAAUAUGAAGAAAUGAAAGUACAGUUAAUUUUAAAGGUCAUACUUUUGUUACGGAUUGUAUCUAAAAAAAUUACCAGUACCAUUGUGCGCCCCAAGAAACGUUCGCUGAUAUAAUGUUGGAUCAUUGUGGGGCGAUUCACUUCGAAUCGAGAAAAAAAUUGGAAUCAUCUCUGCUCAUUCUUUUUUUAUUUCUCAUCUGAGAUAAUUCUCUUUUGUUUCUUAAUUCGAACUAAAUAGGUCUACCAUGAUCCAACUUUACAUGAAUGAACGUUUUCCGGAAAGCUCAACACCACUUGUAGGUGUUGGAUGCCGUUUCAUCAACAGAAAUAAAUCUAGAUCGUGUUAGGGCUACAAAAAACCCACUUUUUUUUCUCACUUGCAGA